UUCUCCUGGUGACCCAGUGUUCUGCAUCCAUCUGUUAGUGGUAGUUUUGCCCUAUCAUAUCAGAGCGAAUGCCGAAUCAAAAACACCUGUUGUAAGACUCUUCUAACUCUUUACCAAAACCAUAAACAAACACACCACACCAACUGCCAGUUUUGUCUUCCAAAGAAAAAUAAGAGUCAACGGCAUCACCCCGUGCAACUUUAAAGAACAGGCGACAGAAGCCCCAGGCCUAGGUUCAGAGAUGUUUCCGACAGCUAUUACUCGAAAGCGUCAGCGGCCUGAAGUAGCCUUCGCUCGGGGUCACGAGGAGGUCAAGUUCAGGGAUGUGACUCUGUUCCUGGUGGAGAGGAAGAUGGGGAAAAGCAGGAGGAAUUUCCUCUCUAAUCUCGCCAGAUCUAAGGGCUUCCGCGUAGACGACGUUCUCAGUGCUGACGUGACACACGUCGUGUCGGAGGGAAAUGCAGCGCAGGAUCUCUGGAGCUGGCUCGAGGAGCAGGGAUUCAGAGAGAUGCAUGACAAACAUGUGCUGCACAUCAGCUGGUUUACUGAGAGCAUGAGCGCCGGCCGGCCCGUGCCUCUCCAAAUCAGACAUUACAUACAA